AUGGCAGGUUCCAGUAGAGCUCGAAGGGUGGCGAAGGAGCUGGCAGACAUUGAGGCCGAUGCGAAAGUUAGCAACAUUACCGCCCAGCCUGCCGACUCGACGGGUGACUUGACCCAUCUCAAGGCCUGUAUACCUGGGCCGCCUGGCACGCCAUACGAGGGGGGCAAGUUCAUUGUCGACGUGAACAUCCCCACAGAGUAUCCCUUCCGCCCGCCCAUCAUGAAGUUCGACACCAAAGUCUGGCAUCCCAAUAUCAGCAGUCAAACUGGAGCAAUCUGCCUGGACACGCUUAGCACGGCUUGGUCCCCAGUUCUGACGAUAAAAUCCACUCUCCUCUCGCUGCAGUCCCUCUUCGAGAGUCCUGAGCCCAAGGAUCCGCAAGACGCUGAGGUAGCCCGAAUGAUGAUGGACGACCCGGACGCGUUCAACAAGAAGGCACACGAGUGGGCCGCCAACCACGCCGGCGCCCCGCGGAAUCCAAAGUUCCAGAGCGUCAAGCCCCGCACCAUCGCCACGGCACCCCAGACCGUCGACGACAGCCGAUACCAGGGUUACAACAAGGACCUCAUCGGCCGCUUCGUGAGCAUGGGCUUCGACCUCGACCGCGUCGUCGAGGCCUUUGUCUUCUUCGGCAUCGAUAAGAACGAUGGCAUGGACUACGUACUCGAGGAAGCGUACAUGGGCGACAUCACGGCCCGGCUGCUGGGCGAGCCUUGA